UUUUAUCUCGUCACUGGGUCCGAACGACGUCAGAUUUGUUUCAAGCUUUAACUUUUACUUUCAGCUGCAAGAACACGUUUCCAGAAAUAACAGAGAAGAAACAGGCAAGCUCGCGGACUUUCAACGUGGAAACCGAAGACCGGCAUUCCCAGCCAACGCUGCUCCCCGCUCGCCACUCUCACCGUUCGUGCUGAGUAUUGCUUGCUAGGGUUGCCCUCGCGGUUCUUGGCGUUAUCCCGUUACCCUCUCUCGUUCGCUCUCAGAAGAGAAAGGGGCGCCAGAAAACCUGUUUGCAGCUUUCGGAGCGGUGAGAAACAAGUGCGCUGCUUUUUCACGUUCCGUUGUUUAUCUCGCGUUACCCGCGUUUCGCCGCGUGCUGAAGUGAAUUCCUUAAAAUAUUUCUAAUCUAUAUCAGUGAAGCCGAUAACAAUGGAGGACAUAGAUACGCGACGCUAUCGCAGGAAUCGCCCGCACGAUGGAGCGCAGUCCAGUACAGAUUGCUGACCCGCGUCAAGUUGGCAGACCGACUGGGAGAGCCGUCAGGAAUCAGCUGCCGCCCCAAAUGCAGAACGUGGGUUUCGACCUCAACUUCGCGCGGCGCUUCUGGGCGCUGUGCAGAAUCGUGCUAAGGAAACGAAACGCCGUCUUGCUGCUCCUCGGACUUCUGGUGUUGGCAAUAUGCUACGAGUUCGUCGCCUACCAAGUGGGCCUCAUCUCAAGCAAGUACUACGUGGUGCUCGGAGAGAAAGACCUGCACGGUUUCUGGAUGCAGACGUUGAUGGCAGUGGGGCUCAUCUUUGCCAUAUCAAAGAUGAGGGCGUUGAGAACCUUCGUGGCCAACACUGCCGGCGUCCAAUGGAGGCGGAUUCUCACGGAAGAUCUGCAAGGGUUGUACUUUUCAGCUAAGAACCAUUACACCCUCAACGUUCUGGAGACGACCCUGGACAAUCCGGACCAGAGAAUGAGUCAGGACGUCGAUCGUUUCUGUCGCAAGCUCGCCGAAGCCUUACCCCCGACGUUCGUGGCGCCGUUCACCACCUGCUACUAUAUCUACAAAGCGUACCAAGUGUCCGGGUGGAUGGGACCGGUGUCGACAUUUCUAUUCUUCGUGGUUUUCACCGUUCUGAACAAGUUCCUCAUGUCCCCCGUGGUGCCCCGUGUGUACGAGCAAGAGAAGCAAGAGGGCCACUUCAGGUUCGAGCAUUCCAGGAUUCGGGCCCAUUCUGAAUCCAUCGCCUUCCUGGACGGCGAACCGGUCGAGCUUGACAACACCAACGGGAUUCUACAGAAAGUGGUCAAGGCUCAGCAGUCCGUGGUGAACCGGCAGCUUCCAGUCACGUUCGGUGUUCACAUGUUUGACUACCUCGGGAGCAUUCUGAGUCUUCUAGUGAUCGCUGUGCCCAUCUUCAACGGAACGUACGACGGCGAACCCGCGGCGAAACUUGCCGGAAUCAUCAGCGCGAACGCUUUCGUGACCAUCUAUUUAAUCAGUUGCUACAGCAGUCUGGUAGACUUGUCCGGGAGUGUCACCGUCAUCGCUGGUAACACGCACAGGAUAGCGGCGCUCCGAGAACGGUUACAAACCCUCAUCGAGAAUAACGCGAAGGUACCCGAAAUAAAGGCAAGGGACGGCAGCGCGGGAGACGACGACGAUGUCAGUGACGAAAAACCAUCUAUUGAACUCAUGGACGUCACCUACAAGUCACCCCGUGACGGCAGCGUGCUCGUGGACAAGUUGACCAUUAUGCUGGACUGCAAGCGCAACGUUCUCGUAACUGGAGCGAGCGGUACGGGUAAGACUACUUUAUUAAGGGUCAUCAAGAGGCUCCGGGACAUCGAGGGCGGACACAUCCGGUGCAAGAACAGCGCUCUGAUCGCGUUCAUGCCUCAGAUCCCCUGGCUGACUAGCGGAAGCUUACGGAAACAGAUACGGUAUCCGUCCAAAGACGCCUGCGACCAUCUGACCGACGAAGACGCUGAGAUGCAACAUCUGCUCCAAGUAACCGGCCUGAAGCACCUUUUGGAGAGCGCGUACAGCCUUGAUGAAGAACUGGAUGCGGCCUGGUACUCGGCGCUCUCUCCCGGUGAGAAACAGAGGUUAUCCUGGGCAAGGCUGCUAUACCAUCGUCCUCGACUCGCCUUCUUGGACGAGGCCACGUCUGCCCUGGAUUCCGAGGCUACGGCCAGGCUGCACAAGGAGUGCGCCGAGAGGGGUAUUGUGACAGUAGCUGUUGGUUACGAACGAGCAGUCGAAGGGUGGGAGCCCGGACUCGUGCUAGAACUUAAGGGAGAGAACGGCUACUGGAAUGUGGUCCAGAAAGAAGGUGCAGCAUGAUUGGAAAUAAUGCUGCUCUAAGUUGUGCGACAAAGUGAAAAAGAAGCGAAUAGAUUUUCUGUGAUUAACUAUAGCAACAGAUAUUUUGCGACUAAAUUUAGUUUAUUUACGGUGCUUUGUUUUUGUUGUUUUUUUACUACAA